CUCACCGUCCUACUGUACUCCCCCUUCAUCAUCCGCUUUCUCCCCUCCUACUCUCCUCUAUCUCCUUUAGUAGUAUAGUCGACAGCAAACAUGGCCGCGCCAGCAGUUCGAGUGGCCCGCACGGCCGCCACCCGUGCCCGCAGCCUUUUGGCAACGGUACAAUACACUCACCCUCCAAACUGUCCCUGUCAUGGCAAUCCCAAUCACCACCAUCACCACAAGACCCCGUCUCUGAUGAACCACGUUCGGCGACACCUGGCGACACCAACGGAUCCUUUGCGCGAGAAGGAGUAUGCCUUUGAAAUGGCAGCCUCGAGCAUUCGAUUUGGUCCUGGAUCCACCAAAGAGGUCGGCAUGGACUUUAAGAAUAUGGGAGCCAAGCGCGUGUGCAUUGUGACCGAUUCCACCGUCGCUAAGCUGGAUGCCAUGAAGCAGGCCGUCGAGGGAUUGACUCGUGAGGGUAUUGAGUUUACCAUCUAUGACAAGGUCCGCGUGGAGCCGAAGGAUAGCUCUGUCAAGGAUGCUAUUGCAUUUGCCAAGCCGUAUAAUCCUGACGCAUUUCUUGCCGUUGGCGGUGGAUCCGUUAUCGACACGGCCAAAUUGAUGAAUCUAUACACUGUCUACCCGGAGGCCGAUUUCCUGGACUUCGUCAACGCCCCAUUGGGCAAGGGUCUCCCCAUUGCAAAGCCCCUCCGUCCCCUUGUCGCCGUCCCAACGACAGCAGGUACCGGUUCAGAAACCACUGGAACCGCCAUCUUCGACCUCGUCUCCAAAAAGGCCAAGACGGGCAUUGCCCACCGCAAUCUGAAGCCUACUCUGGGUAUCUGUGAUCCGCUCAACACUCGAACCAUGCCGUCCGCCGUACAUGCGUCUUCCGGCCUGGACGUGCUCUGCCACUCUCUCGAAUCCUGGACCGCAAUCCCUUACAAUGAGCGCACUCCUCGCCCCACGAACCCAAUCAACCGACCCGCCUACCAAGGCGCAAACCCCAUCUCCGACAUUUUCUCCCUGGAAGCGCUGCGUAGCACUGUCAAGUACCUCCCUCGCGCCGUGCGCGACCCAGAUGACCACGAAGCCCAGUCAAACAUGCUCCUCGCCGCCACCCUGGCCGGCGUCGGCUUCGGCAACGCAGGCGUCCACCUGUGCCAUGGCAUGAGCUACCCCAUCUCCAGCCAGAACCCAGGCUACAAGCACGCCGGCUAUGAGGUCGAUUACCCAAUUAUUCCACACGGCGUGUCGGUCGCCGUCACCGCGCCCGCCGUCUUCCGAUUCACCGCGGCCUCGAACCCGGACCGACAUCUGGCGGCCGCGGAGGCAUUCGGAGUUGAUAUCUCGAAUGUCAAGCGCGAGAGCGCGGGAGAGGUGCUGGGCGAAGCCAUUUCGGAUUUCCUGGUCAAGUUGGGAGAUCAGCCGCGUGGAUUGAAGGAUUUGGGCUUCAAGGCGGCGGAUGUGGAUGGGUUGGUUGAGGGGACGAUUCCACAGAAGAGAGUUUUGAUGCUUGCGCCGAACUUGAGUGAGGAAUUGGAAGCGGAGAAGGGGGAGUUGAGGAAGUUGUUGGAAGAGUCGUUGGAGUAUUAAUUGUGGAACCCUGGGAUUAUGGUUCCUAGUCUUAGGACUUGAAGACCUGGUGUCAAACGCUUACAAAAUCUUGGAAUUGACAUUCAAGGAAGCGAGUGGUUGGUUGGGAUUUGGAACCCGAACUGGAUGUAUAUAUACAUAUUUGUGCAAAUGAUACUGAACGACGCUGAAGAAAUUGGAUAUGUCAAAGGUGCACUAUGCGUAUGAGGUUAUGGGGUGCCACUGUGCAUCGCGGAUGACAGAAGCGAAUAGGAAAGUGGAACGUUGAACGUGGAAGACAUUCAGAUCCUAGAGACCUGCUAGGACGGGUAUAAGUGUGGAGCGACAAACAGUUCGUUACGACGAUUGAAUCAUUCAUCAACUCAGGGUAGAUGCUUCGGGUGACGCUUCUUCUUCAACAUCGCUAACAGUCGGGGUCUCCUCGAUAAUCCUCGUACCCAGCAUGCCCAUCGAUGAAGCAACGCGAUCUAGCCAAAUCACCGCACGUGGAUCGUCCCGAUCAGUCGUUUGCGACGGACCCCGUCCGAGCUCGGAGUAUAUGCGAAAGGGUAAGGAAAACGUCUUUGGCCGAGUGGACAUCGAGGUAGGAGACUGGGAAGCCGUGCUCCCUUCACUAGGUGGCGUCUCCACGACAGAGUCGGGCGAGAGCUCUUCACUCACACGACAGCGCAGCUUGUCUUCCAGACGCUCCCGUAGCUGACCGAGUGUCCCCAGGAUAUUCUCCGCACCGCGGAGAAGAAGAGAGGGACCCGUUUCAGGGAAGAUUUCCGGGACCGGGCCGAUGAACGUGCCAGGGCGACAGACAAUGCUUUGUUGACGCUGGCCGUGGGCACUGAUACAGAAACGCAGUUCCGUGCUCAGUUUGUGCAGUUUGAUGGUUGUUUCUUGGAUUCUCCGUAGAAGAGCCUCGACACUCUCCCGUUCUGCAUCUGUUUGGCUAGACAAGAUUUCCCGUGUCUCGCUGAUAUACCUUGGACAUUUUGCAAUCUCCAUGAAGACCUUAUCCGAGAUAAAGGCAUACGCAGACCAUUCCCCGGGUUUCUGAGCGUCUUCGGUCAUAAUCCGCAUCGUAUAACGCUGCCAUUCCUCUUGAUCCAGAAAGCAAGGUUUCCCUUGGUACACGGCCGUCGCGAUAUGGAAUCCUCGAAAUGCGAUCCAGCAGGAUCGCCCGAAGCCCGAUUCGUGCAGCGCCGGACCACGACUUUCCAUGAGCCGUCGUACGGCGUCAGCAUGCACGACCCAUGCAUUAUGACUCGUUCGGGCGUACAUUUCGUAUACGCUUAGCAUCAUAGCCGUGCAGACCAUGUUAUCUGACAAGGCAUGUUCAUUCUUUGAUAGAGCACGAAUCACCUCGCUCAGCGAGAGUCCGUACAUGCGCCGGCUCGUACGAAGCAGCACCGGAUCUUGGGUUAAAUGCGCCAAGUACACCGAACUCAAGCAGCAAAUGGCCGUAUCCAGGUACGCAUCUUGGCCAAAGUUCAGCACAAUGAAUUCUGCAAAGCCCGGCUCAUUGCCAGCGCGAAACCGGUUGUGGAAGUAUAAUGUAGGAAAUGAUGCGCUAAUAAAGUCCAGAAAAAGCUGCGGUUGCGCAGCUUGGAACGUCUUCCGCACAAGUGACGGCGACACGUUCUCGUCUAACGUGACCGUCGAUGAGUGCCGACGCAUCAAGGCAAUGGCAUUGGAGCGUACGACGGCCGCGGCACCACCCCCGGGCUCGGGCUGUCCGAAU